CGUUCAUCGCUCUCACUUCACUCUCGGUCUCAAAAGGAAAUGGACUCCUCUCGCCUACCCUCCGCUAACUCGAACCCGUCUCCUCUCUCGCGCCUCUCCGUCCUCUGCUCCACAAUUUCGGGUCGCAACGUAUCGGAUCGGGCUCCGACACCGCGGCUCCCAUUUCUAGGGUUUCGGAGGUCGCCGUCGUCGUCCUCGGAGGAGGAGGAGGAGCGUUUGGGAGCGAUGGUGGGCCCGGGUCGGCCGCAGUUCGUGCUCUUCGGCUCCUCCAUCGUGCAAUACAGCUUCAGCAAUGGCGGAUGGGGCGCCACGCUCGCCGACCUUUACUCUCGCAAGGCUGAUAUACUGGUGCGAGGUUAUACUGGUUGGAACUCAAGACGUGCUCUUCAGGUCAUUGACAAAAUUUUUCCCAAGGAUGCACCUGUGCAACCUUCACUGGUAAUAGUUUAUUUUGGUGGCAAUGAUUCAAUGGGACCUCAUCCCUCAGGCCUUGGCCCUCAUGUGCCACUUCCAGAAUAUGUAGAGAACAUGAGAGCAAUUGCUAAUCACCUGAAGAGUCUAUCUGAUAACAUACGCAUCAUAUUCCUUACUUGCCCGCCCCUCAAUGAGGAAAUGCUUCGCAAGACCAGCAGUGCUGCUCUCAGUGAGAUAGUACGCACAAAUGAAACCUGUAGAAGAUAUUCUGACGCUUGCAUAGAACUGUGCAAGGAGAUGGGAAUCAAGGUUAUUGAUCUUUGGACUGCUAUACAGAAGCGCGACAACUGGGAUACUGCCUGCUUUAUCGAUGGCAUUCAUUUCUCAUCAGAAGGGAGCGAAAUUGUCGUGGGAGAGAUUCUGAAAGUCAUCAAAGAAGCAGAGUGGGAGCCCUCUCUAUACUGGAAGUCCAUGCCAACCGAGUUUGGGGAGGAUUCGCCUUACGAUCUCGUAGCUUCUGAUGGGAAAUCCACCGUUAACCCUUCCGGAUGGACUUACUACAGGAAAAUCCAAUGGGACUAGAAUGUUCUAUGAACACCCAAUAAUUAUGGCUCCGUGGAAGUGGACUUUAAAGUAUGGUAGAUCUUAUUAACUGAAUUUAGCUGGAAGAGGGUCCUACACAUCUCAUGCACUCAGUAGUCUCAGGCUCAAAUGGAUGCAUAAUCCCUGCCUAUUCGGGUAUUGUGACAUGGUCCUUGUACCGUUCAAUUAAAUGCUUUAGUCUUUGAACUUUCUCUUAUUAUUGCAACUUCAUUCCUGAUUGUAAAAGCUUUAAAAAAAGGUCCCCUAUUUUUUCGUACAGAGUAUAUCUUACCCCAUUUGCUGUAACAGAUGGCCUUUUCUAGCUUCUCGAAACACGAUUUAAAAGGUCAUUUUAGCUUAUUCUUUUGAUGACAAUUGAGAAUGCAACUCAUAUUAUAUGAAAGUUCAGGGUAAAGUAUUUACUGAGAA